AUCUUUAUUAAAAAAAAAAAACAAAAGCUUCUACGUUUUAAAACAGAGGGUUUUCACUUUUCAGUCACCACUAUCUCGAACCCUCUCAUUCACCGCCGUCGUACCCACCACCGUGUCUCUUUUCUUCUUCACCUACCUUGCCACCACGUCUGAAACAGAGGUUAUGGAAUUGUCGAUCGAUGAUUCAAAGAGUUACAAACCUGACAAGGAAUUUGUAAACGAAGCUAAGGAAUCACUCCUUGAUCAUAACUUGACUCAAAAUACCGAGCUUUGGCUCCUUAGUUUGCCACCCCUUUCCAAGGAUUUGUUAUCUGACAUUAACGGGCAGGAACUGUCUCUCAAACUUCAUGAGAAUGGAACCGUGGCCAGUUUUGAAGGCGCAUCUGGGAAAGCAUAUGGUUUUGUCAGCCUUGCUUCCAUGGAGCCCGAGGAAACAGUUUUUAUUUCCUCUGCUACAGAUGUGAAAGUUGCCGGAAAGAUCUCACGCCGGGUUUCUAUUGUCCAUUACCCUGAUGCUGAAGAACUCAAAAAGAUUAGUAAAACUGAUGCAAAACAAGCUUACAAUUCUAUGGCCGAGACUACCCCAUAUUUUCCUAUGAAAAGUAAUGUAAGGAAUUCACGUGCAUCAGCAUCUAAAAGUAGCAGACUGAAGAGCUCAUUAUCCGAACUUGCUGAAAAAUCUGAAGUGAACAAAUCUAAUGGAAGACCUGUGCGGGGAUUAUCCCGUGGUCACAGCUCUGGCGUUUCCGCAGUGUCUUCUGAACAUUCUCAUGGAGGAAAAUCAAAGAAAAGAAAACAGACGGAGUAAUUUUCCUUUACUUGACAUAUACUUUCUCCAGGGCCUUGUUAAUUUAUAGAAUUAAUAGUAUACUUGAGCUAUGUUAUUUUCUUUAUCUCUGUUUUUAAUAGUGUAUCUCUGAUUAACGCAUGUGGUUAACCUGGAUGAUUAAUGGAUAUAUUAAGAUUCGACAACUCAUUAGUCAUCAA